GAAAAAUUUAAGUACCAGGUCAAGAUGUUGUUCAUUUCACAAACUUGUGAGUCUACGAAAAUAUUUCAAAAGUCGACCUCUGGCAAAUGGGGGCCCUGUUUUCAGCCUUCUGUGCAAUUGCAACUUUCUUACUUUGUAUUUUCAACCGUGAACCAGAAACGUUUUUUUCGGGCUUAUCAUCAAAAACAGCAUAUCGCUUUUGUGGUUUGAAAUCAUAUGAAGAUAAAGUAUCUGUUCAAUUUAAAAGAUGCUCAUUGGUGCAUGUUAAUGUAUUACUCAGACAUGGAACUAGAGCACCAGAUUCCAAGUCAAUUAAAUCUUUCACAGAUUUACACGAACGUCUUAAAAAAAGUUAUAACAAUGGAUCACCAAUUCCUUACAAACUUCUAACACAUCCAAUACCUUUUAAAAAUGCUGCUCCAAAAGAACUUUUACCUAGAGGAUUUCAAGAACAUGAUGGUUUAGGCAGACGUUUUUUUAAUCUCAUGCGACAACACUUCAAUUUUACGAUUGAAAAUGUUAAUUUCUACUCGAGUUCCAUUGAUCGUUGUAUUGCAAGCGGGAGAGCAUUUUAUAACGGUUUUAUUAAUGGACCAAUUAUAAAACCUAUAUGGAAUCGUACAUUAUAUUGUGGUAAUGAAGAAGUACCAAAUAGUUGUUUACUCAAUAAUGAAUUAUCAAUAAUCAAUAAUGAUGAUCAUUAUAAAAAGAAUAUAACAAUUAAUAAUUAUUUAUUAAGAUUUUUUUCUGAUUGUAAAAAUUAUAUUGAAAAAAUUGAAAAAAAUAAAUCAGCUAUUCAAGAAUAUUAUAAAUUUCUUCAUUCAAAUUAUAUUAAUAAUUCUUAUGAAAAUUUUAUCAAACGAUUUCAUUUAAAACGUGAAGAUUAUACAUCUGAUGAUUUAAAAAUAAUAUUUUUGGCUUGUGCGUAUGAAGUUGCUGCAAUGGAUGAUUAUGACGAUCUAUCACCUUGGUGCAGUCUAUUAACACCUUAUGAUUAUCCAGUAUGGGAGUAUUUAGCAGAUUUAAAGCAUUAUUGGCGUAAAUCGUACGGUUAUGAAUUGAAUUAUGAACAAUCAUGUCCUUUACUUGGUGAAAUAAUACAACAAAUUUAUAAUGUAGCUAUAAAUUUUCAGAAAAACAACUAUAGUCAAAAUAAUCCAACAUUACAUCGUGGAAGUUUUUGGUUCGGGCAUGCAGAAACUAUUCUACCUAUUGUCGCUGCUUUAGGUAUAUUCAAUAACUCGAUUGGUCAUUCGACUUUACACAAAUUAACAGCAGAUAGCUUUGAUGAAAGAUUAAGAAUGAUCUAUGAUACAGAUGUUCCAUCGCCUACAAUGUUUCGUACAAGUUAUAUAGCACCAUUUGCUGGCAAUGUGGCUUUUCUAUUAUAUUACUGUCCUGAUUUAGAUUCUAAUAAUGAUCUGGAUAAAUUUCGUGUGAAAUUAUUGAUCAAUGAGAAAACAAUUGCUUGGCCAUUAGCUAGUUCAAUACAACCGCCUACAUUAGAUCAUCCAGGUGAAACAAAUGCUUCUUUAACAACUAUAUUACAAUAUUUCAAUGGUUGUAUGCCUAAUAAUUAUGAUAAUAAUAAAGUUUGUUCACUUCAUAAGACGUUUUAGAUACAUUAUUUCUUUUUGAAUAAUCACUAUAGAUGUUUAACUAUGAUCUACUGAUUAUGACGCUUGCUAGAUCAUUAGUCUAUUGAUUCAUAGAUAAAUAUUCUUAUGAUGAAUAUAACUGUUUUUGCCUUAUACUUCUUUAUUUGUCUUCUAUCUUCAUUCUCUUCUUAUUUCUUCAUAGAUUACAUUUUGUAUAUUUUUUUUCGAAAAAACAACACACACGCACGCACUCAGUUUUAUUUAUUCGCACUGAACAAUCGAGGCAUAGUCCACAACCGAAAUUCAAAUCAACAACAUAUUGAAACGAUGAUUCUUUUUGAUACUUUACCAAUCUGUUCGUCAAUAAUAAUAAGUAAACAAAGUCGAAAACAAUGAUAAUAGCAAUAAUAUUUUAACAACCAAAAAAAAAAAAAGAAUAGUUUGUCUUAAUUCCAACACCAAUCACUACCUGUCUACCCACAAGUACAGGGUACAUGUGUAUAGUUCAUAGUUUCUUAAUGUUUUACAGCCAAAUACUGUUAUAGAAUUUGAAAUAAAAAGACAGUUUCCUUGGAAAAAAUGUAGUUUUUUUUUAUAAAUUUUAUUUUAUUUUUUUUCAGUUUUACAAGGGGUAGUUUCCACUCGAAUAUUUAUGUAUACGUGACCCAUAGUUUGUUAUUUGAAUAGAGAAGCUUAUUUUUUGUUCAUGUUAUCAGCUCAAGUUACAUUGUGGUUUUUACUUGGAUUGUAAUUAAUUUGUGGUCAAUAUGUUUUUAUUUUAAUGAAAUAUAAUCUUUUAGUUCAUUUCAAAUAGUUUAAUGAAUUUUGAUUUUCCCACCGAUCAGGAUCAAGAUCGUAACUUGAAUUUAUUUUGUGCAGGUUUCAAAAAUGUAAUAUCAGCUAAUGAGUAUUUCUGAAUUUAAACAGAGAGUACUUAAUAAAAAUGACAAAUGACUUGGUAAGACAGUGAGUCUUCUUUGGCUGAAAUGGUUGAGGUAUGUAUUACGUAUCCCUGAUCACUGUAUAAUCUGGACGUCGUAUCAAUCCAUGAAGUCAUCAACUGUUAAUCUAAGCCUUGUUGAUAGAUGCAAGCUACUUGAUUAUGAUUCAUGCAGUUAUCG